AUAAGCAUGAAUAAUAAUCUUUAAAAAAAUAUACAUAAGCAAUUAUAAUAUGUAUUUUGUCAUGUGAAACAAUCUGCUUUGAGUCUAGUUAUGUGCCUACAGCGACCUCUGCAGGGAGUUCCAUCUCUUUGCCUCGAUAUAGUUCUUCCUUGCGCUGUUCUUCUUCCGUCCUUUGGAAUGGUUAGCGCAGAAAUAAAAGCUGAAUUAAAUGAGCCUGAGAAGCUUCAGUGCUUAAAAAUAUGAGUGGAAGGAUAAUGUCAAUGUAUACAUUUACAAAUUAUAUAAAUUCUGAGCCUUCAAAUUGAGUUAUUGACAGCGAUGACUAGAAUUCGGAUAUAUUGAUCAUAUUUAUUGAAUAUUUCUGGACUCCAGUGAUGUGAACUAGUGAUGAAACUUCCAUACUCGUCAACAUAUUACGCUGAAGUUUCAGCACUUGAACGUUUCUACUUCCGGUUCACUUGACGCAACUUCUGUGUACCCUCCGGGUCCUGAUAUUCUUUCGUGUUCCCUUCUAACCAAACGAACUCCUUUAAAGCAUUCUCAUCGGGCAAGUACACAAAUGUGACUGACUGAAGCCCAAAGAAUCGAGACGUGGAUGACUAGGAGAGGAAAUCCAGGCUAUGAUGAGCAACUGAAAACUGAAAUAAAAUGAGGAGUCCCGCAGGCGUCACCGUAACAGCACCGUAGCCUGAGAAGCACGAUCCUCCCCAUGUUAAACAGGAGAAGGAGUCUGACAUGCCGUCGGUCAAACAGGAGGUGGAGCCAGAGACCCCUGACAUUAAAGAAGAAAAACAGGAAGUUGAAAUCUUCAAGUUUCCAAUGGGUUUCAGUGUAAAGAGUGAAGAAAACAAAGGUCCAAGCAAUGACAGCGGAGCAGCGAAACCUUCGAGCGACAGCUCAUUUCAGCACUUGACAACAAAAGGAGAGCAACCAGACGGCCUCUUAGCUCCGCUUUCGGACAGCGACGACGUAACGUCACAUUCUUCGGACUUUAAUGAAGAGGAGGAUGACUUUGACCAAAAUACUUCAAAAUCCUUAGACAAAUCACCAUUGAAAAGAGACGCAAAAGAAGGCACGGUUGGGAAACCUUUUCACUGCUCACUUUGUGGUAAAACAUUUCCUUGGAAAUGCAACUUAGACGCACACAUGCACACUCACACUGGAGAGAAGCCUUUUGCCUGCACAGUUUGUGGUAAAAGAUACUUGACGAGGGGAAAUUUAAACAUUCACACAAGAAUACACACUGCAGAGAAGCCUUUUGUCUGCUCACUUUGUGGUAAAGGAUUCAUUCAGAAGAGACAAUUAGUAUUGCACACAAGAAACCACACUGGAGAGAAGCCUUUUGCCUGCACACUUUGUGGUAAAAGAUUCCCUGUGAAGGAUAGGUUAGACAAACAUACACUAAUACACACUGGAGAGAAGCCUUUUGUCUGCACAUGUUGUGGUAAACGAUUCACUCGGAAGGGACACUUAGUGGUGCACACAAGAAACCACACUGGAGAGAAGCCUUUCGCCUGCACACUUUGUGGUAAAAGAUUCACUCAGAAGCAGGAUUUAGAAAGGCACAAGCGUAUACACACUCGAGAAAAGCCUUUUAUCUGCUCACUUUGUGGUAAAAGAUUCACUCAGAAGCAGGGUUUAGAAAGGCAUGAGCGCACACACACUGGAGAAAAGCCUUUUGCAUGCUCACUUUGUGAUAAACGAUUCGCUCAGAAAGGAAAUUUAGUAAUGCACGCAAGAAACCACACUGAGUAAAAACCUUUGAAUUCUAGCGUGUGACAAAAUAUUCUGAUUCCUGCAUUUACAGUGGAAAAAGCAUUUUAAUUUCAUUAUUCAGUUUGCCAUGAGCCUCUUUUGAAAGUUGUUGAAAUUAUUUUUCACGUGCUGUUUUUUAAAAAAAUUUUUUUUAACAACUAUCCAAUACACAGGGCUGUCAACAGACUUGCAGGGGACCGGGGACAAGAGACCAUGAUAGGGCCCCAACCCCACCCCUGCCACCGGCUUGUCACAACAACAUACGCAGUACUUUAACGCUUUGCAAGCAAUGACAGUGUAUAUUUGUUAAUUAUUUAAUUUGAGAUGGACAGUUAAGUUUAACAGACCAUAAUGUGAUGUGACACAAUAUAAACAAACAAUUUCCAUCUAUUGUCCCAUGUAGGCUUCAAUACAAUACACCUGAGAGUGCUAUGCCUGCCUGCUAAGCAGCAAAACAGUAUAACUAAACAUCCUGCUCCCUCCACAUCCCUGGGGUUAUCAAGCCCACAAACAGUGAUGCGUCUAGAUUUUGUGACGCAAAGUCAUUUAUAACAUAUGUGAAAUCCAUGUCUUUGAGCUAGCGCUCUGUUACCGGCAUCCCAAGGGGCCGCUGUCCCCCACAAUAUGACCGGUGUUCGGCCAUUCCUUACUACGUGGCGAAAUGUCCUACACA